UGCAGGCGAGAAACUAGACCUCCCGCCCAAGUAUAAAUAUCUCGUGGUUCGUCCAUCAGGCAUCAUUCCCAUCCACCUCACCUCUCACAACACACACAACCUCAUCAUGAAGACUUUGGUGGUCUGUCUCUCCGUGCUCGCCGUGGUGGCUUGCGACAGCGGCAUCAACCCCGUCUCAUCAUCAUCCUCCUCUUCGGCGGUGUCCGAAAAGGACAAGCGUGGCGUGGUGGCCCCCGCCAUCGCCACCCCCGUGGCCACCUCUUACGCCGCCGCCCCCGUGGCCUACCAGCAGGCCGCCUACGCUGCCCCCGCCACUUACGCUGCCGCCCCCGCCGCCUACUCUGCCCACCCUGCUGCCUACGCCGCCCAAAGCGCGUACGCCGCCCCCGCUGCCUACUACCAGCAGCCCUACGUGCAGGCCGCCCCCGCCGCCUACCACGCCGCCCCCGCCUACCAGUACGCCCAGGCCGCCUAUCCCCAGGCCGCCGUUUACCAACAGGCCGCUGCUUACCCCCAGACCGCCUACUACGGCCAGCACGCCGGCAUCGCCCAGCAGUACUUUGCCGCCCACCCUGCCGCCGCCUCCGCGUACGCCGCCUCCGCCGUGCAGCCCCAGUACUACGCUGCCCCCGCUCAGCAGUACUACCAGCCCGCCGCCGCCCUGAGGGCCGCCUACGUCCAGCCCCAGGUCGUCAAGACCGCCGCCCCCGCUGCCUACGUGCAGGCCGCCCCCAGCGCCUACGCCACCCAGUACGUGCAGCCCGCUGCCGCCGCCGUCGUGCGUGCCACCCCCGCCGCCUACUACAAGAACUAGGGGAAUGGUGGGAGCCCUUCGAGAGAUCAGCCACUAGUCAUCCUUCCGUGCACCAUCACUGUUUUGUGAAUAUCUACGCCAAAUAUUUGCAAAGCUGCCAUCCAUCAUUGUUACAAAAGUUUUGUUGCCCAAAAAGAAAUAAAAAUGUUCAUUUUUUAUUUUAAAAAACAAAAUGACUGGAAAUUUAAUUAAAAACCUUAAAUUUCACAUAC